CUGCCCUAGCAAGAAACCAGGCCUGUUGAGACAGCUAUGAAAUUUGAAACCGUAAGAAACACAGGAUAGCUUCAUGGACAAUACAUUCUUAAAUCGAACGUUAUCACAAGGACUUUCAUUCGUACAACAGUAACUGUAAGGGGCUUUAUUAAAGCAAAGUCUUGGAUUCUCUCUCUGUCUUUAGUUAAGCAAAGUAUUUGAGUCUCUCUACAGCUUUAGUUAAGCAAAGUCUUGGAGCUCAGAGUAUGAAUAUCCAUCCAAUGCAGCAGCCCUUUUCUGGUCAAGCAUUACCAGGGCAACCGCAACCAGCAGUAUGGAUGCAAGCGCCUCAAAGUAUACCUGGGUGCCCACCUGGUUUGGAAUAUCUGACACAGCUUGACCAAUUGCUCGUUCACCAAAAAGUUGAGCUUUUUGAAGUGCUGACCAAUAUUGAGACGCAGAACCGAUUCGUGGUAAAAAAUGCAUUGGGACAGCAGUGCUACUACGCGUACGAAGAAUCUGACUUCUGUAUGCGCGUAUGCUGCGGCCCACACCGUGGAUUCAUGAUGCAUAUUGUAGACAACGCAGGCAAUGAAGUUAUUCGGAUGAACCGUGAGUUUAAAUGUUGUGCUGGAUGUUGUUGGUGCGCAAACUCUGAUUGCUGUUCAUACAGCAUUAACGUUGAGUCACCUGUUGGUACACCGUUGGGAACCAUAAGACAAUCACAAUCGUGCUGGGUUCCUAUGUAUGAGAUCCUUGACGCAAACGAGCAAAAAGUUUUUGAUAUUGAGGGCCCAUGCUGUGUGUGUCCAGGCCCCUGCUGUACAUGCGACUUCCCGUUUGAGAUCAAAUCCAACUCUGUCUCCAUCGGCAGUGUAACUAAGCAGUACUCUGGCUUUGCAAAAGAAAUGGUGACAAACGCAACGAACUUCUCAGUGACCUUUCCCAAAGACCUGGAUGUAAAAAUGAAGGCUGUCCUUCUCGGAGCAACAUUCCUUAUUGAUAUGAUGUUCUUUGAACAAAACCAGAACUAGAACGGUAAUGGUGUCAUCGGAUGUAAAUAUUCUAGAGUUAUAAUGUGGAUCGAGUAUUAUUGUGUGUUUGUACAAUUUUGUAAUGAUAGUUUUUCAUAAUCAGGUUAACUGUAAAAUACAUUGCAUUAGAUAAUAUUUGUUAUUGUACUUCACAUUAAGAUUGUAUAUAAGUUUCUGGUAUUAUAUCGCAGCAAUUGUUUAUUAUUAUUUAAUGUAUCUAUACAUUUAUAAUUAAUGAAUAAAACAAUUAACAAUAACUAAUAAGAGCUUUAAUUUGGCGACCUGAAAAUGCAACUUUCUUUUGAUAAGAUUUUAUAACUUCAAUAAAAUAACUAUAU